UAAAUGCUUAAUAUCGGAAAAUUAAUUAGUUAUUUAGAAUAUUUCAUUCAGGCAAUAAGAAGACAACCAUAACUAGGGUCCUACGAGAUGCUGGGUGUCUCGGUGGUUUCUGGGAAUCGCUCUUUCCGCAGUCGGCCCUGAGACAGGCAACAUGGGCAAGUGCCGAGGUCUUCGUACAGCAAGAAAGCUCCGCAACCACAGACGUGAGCAAAAAUGGCAUGACAAACAAUACAAGAAGGCACAUUUGGGAACUGCUCUGAAGGCUAACCCUUUUGGUGGUGCUUCCCAUGCCAAAGGAAUUGUCCUUGAAAAAGUUGGCGUAGAGGCUAAGCAGCCCAACUCUGCCAUCAGGAAAUGUGUCCGUGUGCAACUGAUCAAGAAUGGCAAGAAAAUCACAGCUUUUGUUCCAAAUGACGGUUGUCUGAACUUUAUUGAGGAAAACGAUGAAGUUCUGGUUGCUGGAUUUGGUCGUGCUGGUCAUGCCGUUGGUGACAUCCCUGGUGUCCGGUUCAAGGUUGUUAAAGUAGCCAAUGUUUCUCUGUUGGCCUUGUACAAAGGCAAGAAGGAGAGACCAAGAUCAUAGAUGUUAAACCAACUAAAAAACUUAUUAAAUGUCUUUUCACAUUUA